CGCUAUCCGCUACAGUAGUCUAAUCUCCCCACAAGAAGCGGAGCGAGCUAACGGCCAAAGCCUCCGGCUGAUGCGGCGGCGGCAAUGGGCGUGUGGGACUCCAUCCUGCGCGGCGGCGGCGGAGGAGGCCGGCGCUUCAUCAAGCGCAAGGACAGCGACGCCGGAGAGGCUGGUCGGGCACUGGAGGAUCUGAGGGGUUCGCUCUACAAUGAAUUUCAUACUUCGGAAGGAGCCAAGCGUCAGCAGCAGAGGUUUUGCGGACCAAGUGUUGCACUGACAUUCAACUUUGUGGUUGCUGUAGGGAUCAUCAUGGCAAACAAAAUGGUCAUGGGUACUGUUGGGUUUAACUUCCCGGUUGCACUAUCCUUGAUUCAUUACAUAGCUGCUUGGGUCCUGAUGGCAGUCCUCAAGGCAUUAUACUUGCUUCCCGUAGCUCCUCCUUCAAAGUCCACUCCAUUUUCCUCGUUAUUUGCUUUGGGUGCUGUCAUGUCCUUUUCCACUGGUCUUGCUAACAUCAGUUUGAAGCAUAAUAGUAUAGGAUUUUAUCAAAUGGCUAAGAUAGCUGUAACUCCAACAAUUGUAGCAGCAGAAUUUAUUCUUUUCAAGAAAAAAGUUUCCCUUCGAAAGGUUAUCACACUGGCUGUUGUAUCAUUUGGUGUGGCUGUAGCAACCGUUACUGAUCUAGAGUUCAACCUUUUUGGUGCUUGUGUAGCAGUAGCUUGGAUUAUUCCUAGUGCUGUAAACAAGAUUUUGUGGUCAAAUUUACAACAGACUGGAAACUGGACUGCUCUUGCGUUGAUGUGGAAGACAACCCCAAUAACUGUAUUUUUCUUUCUUGUUUUGAUGCCAUUAUUGGAUCCUCCGGGCUUGUUGUCUUUCAACUGGAAUUUCAAGAACAGCAGUGCAAUCAUGAUAUCUGCUUUGUUUGGUUUUCUUCUUCAGUGGUCUGGUGCUUUGGCACUUGGUGCAACCUCGGCUCUUGCUCAUGUUGUGCUAGGCCAAUUCAAGACUAUUGUCAUAAUGCUCUCCAGUUAUCUGGUAUUUAACUCUGAUCCUGGAUUCACCAGUCUUUGCGGAGCAAUAAUUGCCCUUGGAGGCAUGUCAGUCUACGCUUACCUAGGGCUGAAAGAGUCGGCCGGUGGUGGCAAGAGAGCUCCUUCAACAUCCAGGCAAAAUUCUCAUUUGCUCAAGUCCAAGGUUAUUGUAGAUGGAGAAAAGCCAGAAACAAGGCCUGUUGAUUCUGUUUAAAAUUAAAUAACUGACAGUUUUUUUUCGUGUAUUGUCCACUAGAAGCAUUAGGCGAUUGCAUUUGUUCAAUAUUCGGUACCAAUUGAUUUGACCAACCUCUGAGUUGCAUUUGUUCGUUCUUGCUAGCUAUUGAUUCUAGAUUUAGGCAAUUUUCAGCUCUUGUUUGUAGUUGACCAUGUGCAUUGUAAAUAUGAACAGAUAUUAUUUUCCAGUGUUAAGCAAUUUUGCUCUACCAUACUGU